CAUAUCACAGCACCAGUAUCACAGCACCACAAUAAUCGGAAAGCUAGACAUUCAUAGCCAUGGCUCAAACUCUUCUUCCUCCUCUCAACCCUUGCAAUCUCACACUCUUCUCUUCCUGCCCUUCGAAAGCCAAACUCUUUUCUUCCUAUGAGUCUCUGUCUCAGCCCCGGCGUCGUAUCGAUUCGUAAACUCUGUUCAGUAGUAGUUCAAGCAUCCACAGAUGAUGUGAACUCUGACGUUGCAUCUUCAUCCAAUCCUCUCUUCUCUCUCUUUAACACACCUCCAUGGAUAACUUGGGUAGGCGGUGCUUUUGUUGUCUUGUCAGUACCAUUCUACCGAAGAAUAAGAAAAGCACAAGAUCAAGUAGAGGCAACGGUGGAAGAGGUGGCAGAAACAGUGGAGAAUAUGGCGGAGAAGGUGGAGAAAAUAUCUGGUGAUAUGGCUGAUGCAUUACCUGAGGGAGCAUUGAAGGAAAUGCUUUUGAAGGUUGAGGAAACAGCUGAUAGGGUGGAUCAGACUGCUGAAAAGACACAAGCUAUACUUGAGAAGUUGGAUCAAAUUGAAGCGGAAGUAGAUGAAUUGAUUGAACCUUUGGCAAAAGAAGAGGCUGCAUUGAAAGAAAGAGAGGAAAGAAACAAGGCUUGAAUUCAAGGACAUAAAUGAAACUUUGAUGGUAUUUGUUGUUUGUGAACAUAAAUGUUUGAAAUAUUUAUGAUUGUUUGAUAGAUGCCAAUAAUAUUUAGCUGUCAUGUGUGUUUAUUUUCA